AGACGAGAAUACCUGUGCUGGUGUAAGAAGAGAGAGGUACGCUGCGCUGGUUCUGGACGUGGUCUUUCGUAAAACGAUAUUUUCCACGAUUGAGACCGCGUCUUCGUUCAAAACAUAUGCUCGAGAAUAAUAUUGCUAGAAAGAAAAUUACCGCACUGCCAGAAACAUGGCCGAACCAACCUCACCGCUGCUUCGCCUUCCCUUUGAGAUCCGCCUCAUGGUAUAUGAAUACCUGCUCUUCCCUUCUGCGACACCUUCAUCCUCGCACUCGACCUCCGUCGCCAAUCUCCUCCCGGACUUCCACACAUAUCACUCAAGCGACACAAACGAUACGCCCUUCACCCUCGCCGUCCGCACCAUCGACCCUUACGCCGGCGUAAACAGCUCCCGCGGCUGGAGACUCCGGUCCACCUACCACGUCCGCACUGGCCCCUUCCUCACCACCACAACGCCCACCACCUACCGCGUGCUGCUCUCACCGUACACCGCGCACCUCCGACACACCGUGCCGUCCCUCUUGUCGCUGAGCCACCAGAUUCACGCCGAAGCCGCGAAAGUCCUCUACGCGAACUACACGUUCAGCUUCCACACCAGCAUCGAGGCCGCGGUCCCGUUCUUCUCGGAUCUGACGCCGAUAGCGAGGGAUUCUGUGAGGCAUGUCGCGCUCACCAAGAAGGGACUGCCGUACACCAAGGAAUUCGAUCGUCUGGAGUGGGGCGCGCUGUGCGGCUACCUGGCACGCGAGGUCUGCUUGUCGCACCUGUAUCUCUCCGUCGUUGCAGGGAAGCCUGGGGACAACGGGUGGGAUAGUGUAGCCCCUAUUUCGAAGGAGGCGUUUGCGUUGAUGCAGCGCAUGAAGAAUGAUUGGGGGAGUAGUGUUGGGGGUGCGGAUUUGACGUGGGUGGAUCAGCUGUUUGAGGUGAGGGGGUUUAGGGAAGUUAGUGUGAAGGCGCUGGUGGAGCAUUGUCCGCCGGCGGUGAGCGAGACGAUGGCGUUUUGGAUUGCGUUUAGUAAGAGUGUGGAGGGGGGGUUUGGGGAGUGGGUUCGGGGGGUUAUGGUUGGGGGUGAGACGAGGUGAGGUGAGGAUGGUGGGAAUGUCGGAACGAAGACCUUGGGUUCUGCAUAUCUAUGCUGAAAUUAUAGCACUCAUUGCUCAACAUAUUA